AUGUUCUCUCUUCACACCAUUCGCUCCGGUCUGCCGCGGCGAUGUCUUGCCGCAAACGUGCGGAUGUACGCCAGCCAGACCCCCGGUAACCCUAUGAUGGAGGUAUUCAACCGCAAAACAAAGCACCUACAGAAGGACCGAGCAGCUCGGAACGUCGAGGAGAGCCGGAAGGUCGACUACCUGAAAGAUGAAGUGGCAAGGCGGUUAUGCGAACGGUUGCUGGAUAUUAAACGCAAUUUCCCUAAUGUACUUGAUCUUGGCGCAAAUAGCUGCAACAUUGCGAGAGCACUGACGACUCCGGACCUCGACAUGGCUGCGCCGGAGGGCGUUUCGACACCACCAUUGACGCAGAAAAUCCCCAACAUUACAUGCGUGGAGACAUCGCGGGCUUUGCUACACCGGGAUGAGGAUAUGCCCUUCAAUAAAGAAAUCAAUAUCCAUCGCGAUGUGAUUCCGGAUCUAGAGACGUUGCCAUAUCAGGCUAACCAGUUUGAUGCUGUGCUUUCGUCGCUAUCGAUGCAUUGGAUCAAUGAUCUGCCGGCAUUGCUCAAUCAAGUCAAUACCAUCCUCAAGCCGGAUUGCCCUUUCAUUGGCGCUAUGUUCGGUGGUGAUACGCUGUUCGAGCUCCGAGGGUCGAUGCAGCUGGCUGAUCUGGAGCGCCGCGGUGGAGUCAGUCCGCAUGUGUCGCCGUUAGCGGACGUUAAGGAUGUGGGAAGUCUGCUUAAUCGUGCUGGAUUUAAGAUGCUCACGGUCGAUGUGGAGGAUAUUGUGGUUGAGUUCCCGGACACAUUCGCUCUCAUGCAAGAUCUACAGGCUAUGGGUGAGAGCAAUGCUAUCAUGCAUCGAGAGGCUGGCCCCUUGUCUCGUGAUGUCUUGUUGGCCAACGAGGCUAUCUACCGGACUUUACAUAUGGACGAUGAUGCACCCGGUAUCCCUGCUACAUUCCGAAUGAUUUACAUGAUCGGUUGGAAAGAGGGCAAGGACCAGCCGCAGCCAUUGCAGCGCGGUAGUGGUGAUGUCAAUCUCAAGGAUAUUUUGGGCGGAGGUGAUUUUGAAAGGCCUUGA